GAUCUCCCUAAUUCUUGACCCCAAGCCAACCCAUCUCAAACGCACCCCUCUCCCCUCCCAUCGCACGGCCAUCCGCCACCAAAGCCCCCUCCUCCGCCGGCCCUCUUACAGGAAAGAAUUGCGAAGAACCCAAAGCAACCAUGGCCGACACGCUCCACAACGCCCCUAUAGUCCUGGACAACGGCUCGGGCACCAUACGCGCGGGCUUUGCGGGUGAAGAUCUGCCGAAAUGCUACUUCCCAUCUUUUGUAGGCAGGCCGAAACAUCUCAGAGUGCUGGCUGGGGCGUUGGAAGGGGAUGUGUUUAUUGGACAGAGAGCACAGGAUUUAAGAGGACUGCUGAGGAUCAGGUAUCCGCUGGAACAUGGCAUUGUGACGGAUUGGGACGAUAUGGAGAGGAUCUGGGAGUGGGUAUAUGGGGAGGGAUUGAAGACCUUGAGUGAGGAGCAUCCUGUGCUGUUGACAGAACCGCCGCUCAACCCUCGAAGUAAUCGCGAUACCGCGGCCCAGAUCCUCUUCGAGACCUUCAACGUCCCUGCAUUAUACACAUCCAUCCAAGCUGUCCUCUCCCUAUAUGCGUCCGGCAGGACCACGGGGAUAGUUCUCGACUCCGGCGACGGAGUCUCGCACGCCGUGCCAGUGUACGAAGGCUUCUCGAUGGCCAGCUCAAUACGAAGGAUAGAUGUUGCUGGACGGGACGUCACAGAAUAUCUGCAGCUGUUAUUACGGAAGUCGGGCUAUGUGUUCCAUACCAGUGCGGAAAAAGAGGUGGUGAGAAUGAUCAAGGAGAAGGUCAGCUAUGUGGCUGCGAAUCCAAGGCAGGAGGAGAAGGAGUGGGCCGCCUCCAAGGUUGGAGAUGGUAAGGUUGUUGAAUACGCACUGCCGGACGGUAAUAAGAUCAAGAUUGGAGCGGAACGGUUCCGAGCACCUGAGAUCCUCUUUGACCCUGAGAUUAUCGGUCUUGAGUACCCCGGAAUCCAUCAGAUCGUCGUGGAUGCUAUCAACCGCACAGACCUGGACCUUCGAAAGUCCCUAUUUGGCAAUAUUGUAUUGUCUGGUGGUAGCACGUUGACGAAAGGUUUUGGUGACAGGUUAUUACAUGAAGUGCAGAGACUAGCCGUGAAGGAUAUGAGGAUCAAGAUCUUCGCACCCCCCGAGAGGAAAUAUUCGACUUGGAUUGGAGGUAGCAUCUUGGCGGGAUUGAGCACCUUCAGAAAGAUGUGGGUCAGCAUCGAUGACUGGCACGAGAACCCGGAUAUCAUCCAUACCAAAUUCACAUAGUCGUCCGUCCGCUCCCCCUCAGCUCUUCAACUUCAUCUCCUUCCUCUUACCCCCCUCUCAAAAAAGCCCCCGGCCUCGUAGACCUACAGCAAGCAGCAGAGCUGGAGACGCUCUCCCAAGUUCCCAAACCCGUCAUUUGCCA